AUGAAGAAAUCCAUCAUUUUCCUUCUCGUAGCCUUAGUGGUUCUCUUUGCUUGUUGUUAUUACGUGAAUGGUCAACAACAACCACAACCUUCUCAAAGCGUCGAUCCAGCCGAUUCUGAAGACAACUCACCCAAUGAUCAAGGACAAGGUAGUGGUCCAAGUGGAUUCGAAAGUGAAUUCGAGGAAGACAAUUAUGGAUAUCCUUACAGGCCAUAUGAUUAUUAUCGUCGUCGUCCUUACAGAUAUCGUCAUAGAUAUAGAUAUCCACAUCACCAUCCAUACUAUUAG